CGCGGCUCAGAAACUAGAAUGAACCGAAGCAUUCCUGUGGAGGUUGAUGAAUCAGAACCAUACCCAAGUCAGUUAUUGAAACCCAUCCCAGAAUAUUCCCUGGAAGAGGAAUCAGAACCACCUGCUCCAAAUAUAAGGAACAUGGCACCCAACAGCUUGUCUGCACCCCAUACCCCUUACUAUUCCUCGGGAGACUUUUCUCAGGCUCACCCUCACCUGAAACUUUCAAAUCACCAGCGGCCUGUGUCCCAGCAGAUCUGCUGCCUGCGCACUAAAGUCCUAGAGGAAAACGAAGACAGCUUCUGGAGGGGACAUCCGGACCCCGGCAAAGAUUUGCCCUCGGACUCCUCUGCAGCCAGCAAGCCUAAGUCUGAGUCUGUGGUUGGAGCCCUCCCCUCAGAGCAUCAGUUUUCAUUUAUGGAAAAGCGUAAUCAAUGGCUAGGAUCUCAGCUUUCAGCAGCUUCUCCUGACACCGGCCAUGACUCAGACAAAUCAGAGCCAAAUUUACCUAAUGCCUUAGCAGACUCCUCAGGCAACAGCCAAGAAACAGUGCAACGGCCCCAGCCCCACAGGAACCGAGCAGCCCCAGACCUGCCUACGAUAGACACGGGGUAUGAUUCCCAGCCCCAGGACAUCCUGGGCAUCAGGCAGCUGGAAAGGCCGCUGCCCCUCACUUCCAUGUGUUAUCCCCAGGAUCUCCCCGGACCUCUCAGGUCCAGGGAGUACCGUCCGUUUGAUCCUCUGAGGCAUCCAGCGUGUGCACAGAUGCUGCCUCCCAACCCUUCCCCACGCGCUCAGUGGAACUAUCAGUACCAUUGUCCUGGAGGUCCCCAUCACCAGGUGCCAUAUGGCCAGGACUACCCUCGAGCAGCCUACCAGCAAGUGGUCCAGCGGGCUCUGCCUGUGCAGCCCCUACCUGGAGCCAGUGUGAGAGGCCCGCACCCUGUGCAGAAAGUCAUUCUGAAUUACCCCAGCCCCUGGGGCCAAGAAGAGAGGCCAGCACAAAGAGACUAUUCCUCCCCGGGGCUUCCGAGAUAUCAGGACCAGUAUAACCAGCCACCUAAUAGAGCUGGAGCUCCUGAGGAGUCCUUGGAGUGUCCUGCAGAGUUGAGACCACAGGGUCCCCAGGCUCCGUGUCCAGCUGCUGUCCCUAGACCCCCUAGUAACCCUCUAGCCAGAGGAACUCUGAAAAUAAGCAAUUUGCCAGAAGAAUUGAGGAAAGUCUUUAUCACUUAUUCUGUGGACACAGCCAUGGAGGUGGUGAAAUUCGUGAACUUUUUGCUGGUAAAUGGCUUCCAAACUGCAAUUGACAUUUUUGAGGAUAGAAUCCGAGGCAUUGAUAUCAUUAAGUGGAUGGAACGCUACCUUAGAGAUAAGACAGUGAUGAUAAUCGUAGCAAUCAGCCCCAAAUACAAACAGGAUGUGGAAGGCGCGGAGUCGCAGCUGGACGAAGACGAACACGGCUUACAUACUAAGUACAUCCAUCGAAUGAUGCAGAUCGAGUUCAUAAAACAAGGAAGCAUGAACUUCAGAUUCAUCCCUGUGCUCUUCCCAAAUGCUAAGAAGGAACAUGUGCCCACCUGGCUUCAGAACACUCACGUCUACAGCUGGCCCAAGAAUAAAAAAAACAUCCUGCUGCGGCUGCUCCGAGAGGAAGAGUACGUGGCUCCCCCCCGGGGGCCUCUGCCCACCCUUCAGGUGGUACCCUUGUGACACCCUCCAUCCCCAGGUCGCUGGGGACAGGCACUCUUCUGGCUGAGGAUGGUUGGCAGCAUUCACAGCUGUUUGUUUUCAGUCCCUCCCUAAUGGCCCUCCAACCCUGGAAAACCUGUUUCGCCGACUAUUCUCCCUCCUGAGAGCUCCACAGACCUGUCUUUGAAACAGAGGCAGUGCUUGCUCCGCGUGCCCUGCUUCUUACCCCACUGCCGGUUCUCCUCACAGUCUGACUCGUCCAUUCUGGGCCUCUCGCUGCUUAGCAAGUAGAUCGUAUAAAUGACCACAUGUAAAUGACCACAGACACCCUUCCAUUGCUUAGGCUGCUUUUAUGUGUUAGCCAGAUGCUUGUGUGACCUCAGACCAAAAGGAUUCAUGUACAAAUAAUAAAAUGUUUACUCUUUUGUAA